UAUAUUAUCAUCGUCUAGGCAUAAAACAAGUUAGAAUGGAGGUCAAGCUGGUAGUGACCCUUGUGGCGUGGAUGCUAUUCUGCAUUAGCAAGAAAGGCAAUGCAGAGUGCGGCUUGAAAGAUCUGAGCGUCACCCAAACCUCCGUGCCGGGGCAGACAGGACGGUACUUGGUGACAGUGCAGAACAAGUGCAUCUGCACGCAGACCCAAGUGAAACUGGCGUGCUCGGGGUUCAACUCCACCAUCCCCGUCGACCCGGCCGGUGCCAUCACGGCCGACGGAGACAACGCGCUCUGCACCCUCAACGGUGGCAGCCCGGUUACGAUGGACCACGCGCUCAAGUUCUACUACGUGUGGAGCACCGAGUUCAGCUUCGCACCCGUGGACUCACACAUCUCGUGCUCUGUGGCAUGAUUUCAGUAAUUAGAUCUAUAGCUAUUCAUUGUAGCCAAAAGAAAACAUUGUUUCAGUAAUAACGUAAGUUGGAGUUUGGUUGGAACCCGCGGAAUGUUUGUGCUUGGGGUGCAACUUUUUCGUCGGGGUAUUAUCGCAGCAUUGUACUAGCACAAUUACUUCUCGCUGAAUAUUUAGCUAAUGUAUGCCGCUAGCGAAA